AUGUUAGAGGACUUAAAAUACAACGAAACAUUGCAAUUGCUUGACUUGUGCAACAAUAAUAUAGGAGAUCACGGAAUGGAGCAUCUUGGAAACUGGUUGAAAAUGAAACCGUCGCUCAGUGGUUUGUGGCUUGCUCACAACAUCAUCACAAGUCAAGGAGCUAGGGCUCUAAGUCUUGGCAUGCCAUUUUCAAAAAUCAGAAUGCUGGACCUUUCGUACAACAGAAUAACAGAUGAUGGUGCAGUAGACAUACUCGACUCCAUAAAAAAGAGUACGCGUUUGUGGUAUCUGAGAAUCUUUGGUAACUCUUUGGGACAUUGUACUGCCAAGAUUGUAGAACGAAUGCUCGUAUCUGGUGUACUAGUGCAAGAGAACAUCGAUGUUAAGCCUUACAGGGUUGAUCAUGAAUCGUAUCUCGCUCAUUAUCCAAGUGAUCAUUACAAACAACGCUAUUAUGAUGUUCCAUGUUAUUCGCAUCCACAACCGCUGCAGAUACCCUAUGUUAAGAACAAAUUCUCCGGGAAAGCUGUGCCAAAAGUUCACUUUAAAUACGUCGAUCCUGUCCCCAUCGAAGACAGAAAAUAUCCAGUACUUGUCGAUCAAAAUAAUUUUUAUAUUUUAUUCAUUCUGUCAUUGUGCUGCCCAUGACGUUCAUUAGCGUAUGUUUCGAGCAGCAGUGACUUCUUUUUGGAGUUACCAAAAUUUAUUGUGGGAUGAUAUAAUACUGAUCAAUUAAAUAGAAGUUGAUAGAACGUAUUCAAACAGAUAAAUAAAACUCACGCACUUGAUUGCGUGUGUUGCGAAUGUGGAAACAACCAAGUGAUGGAUUCUUUGGCCUCGUCCACUGUGGAUAUCGUUCCUGAAACUUGUACAUGCAAUGUGUGUAAAUAUGAAGUUGAUUUGAGAAAACCGAGCACAUUUCAGUCGGACGUAACUAUAUUUCCGAGACCGUCUUGUUCAUGCCAUCACGAUGAUUGCGCAUGUUGUUAUUGCCUGCCAUGCAAAGGUACCAUUGUGACCCAAAAACUAUUCAAGACCACGCAUGUUGAAUUUGUGCAUUCUCAUAGGCAAAAACGAAGAUCUGCCAAUGUCCGAGCGUGAUGAACAUCCGAUUACCUGCAACUGUUGUAAAUGUGGCGCUCAAGAAGUGGAAUAUGCUUCAUCAUCAAUUUCAACUAAAUCAAAUGAGCUGCAUGACUAUCCGGAUGGGAUUGACCAAUUGCAAAAGAUUGCCUUGGUCUUAGAGCGAGUUGACAGCGAAAUGCAAGAGUAUAUACUCAGGUGGAUCAACAUAAGCGAAGAUACUCUUAAUUCAGACCUAGCGGCAUUAGAUGUUAAGAGGGGCGAGAUACAUGAAGAAGAAGCAUCGGUAUGUGGUCCUCAAAGUCUGGUAUCAAAAUCAAUGCGAACAUCAACCUUUGAAACAAUGUGUUCUGGAAACUAUGAAGAUUCGUGUUGCAAUGACUGGAAAUUGUGCGAUGACUAAAUACUCGGGACUACUCGGAUUGACAUUCGACGAAUGAACCUGCUGGGACUAGCAGAUCCAGUACUUUGUGCUUCCGCACAUGUUGUUCUAUCUGGUAUCGAAGUGCAAUC